AUUUAAUUUUCAAAUAUUUUAUUUAUUUUCUCUCUUUCUAUUAAAUAAACCCCUUAGAGCUCUCAAUCUCCCUUGUGACCAAACAGAAAAAGAAAAUGGGAUCAUCAUCGGUUCAUGUAAAUGAAGCUACAAUUGUAACUCCAUCUGAGCCAACACCUACUGGAGUUCUCUCUCUCUCAGCUCUUGACUCUCAGCUUUUUCUACGUUUCACCAUUGAAUACCUUCUCGUCUAUAAGCCUCACCCUGCUUCUGACCCACGCGCCACCACCGCUCGCCUCAAGGCUGCUCUAGCCAAAGCCCUGGUUCCCUAUUACCCACUGGCGGGUCGAGUCAGGGCCAGCUCUGCUGAUGCUUCCACCGGUCUCGAGGUUGUUUGCCGAGCCCAGGGUGCUUUGUUCAUCGAAGCUGUCUCCGAUCUUAACGUUCACGAAUUCGACAACGCUCCACGCUUCGUCACGCAAUGGAGGAAGCUCUUGUCCUUCCACGUCGCCGAUGUCUUGAAAGGGGCCCCACCACUUGUCGUCCAGCUGACCUGGCUAAAAGACGGCAAUGCUGCCCUUGGUGUUGGCUUUAAUCAUUGUCUUUGCGACGGUAUAGGCAGUGCUGAGUUUCUCAACUCCUUCGCUGACUUUGCUUCCACGAGUCAAUCCAAGUUCCCUCCCAACCCCAUUUGGGAUCGCCACCUGCUAAACCCACCACCUUUUAAGCCAUCAACAGAUAACAAUAACAACUCAUCGAGUCACCCCGAAUUCAACCGAGUUCCAGACCUUUGUGGGUUCAUGUCUCGUUUCUCCAACGAAAGACUCGUCCCCACCUCAUUCAUUUUCGAUAAAACGAGUCUCAACGAGUUGAAAAAGAUAGUUUUUUCCACAAGCAGAGUCGGGGAGUCAAAUUAUACGUCAUUCGAAGUUCUCUCAGCGCAUAUAUGGAGGAGUUGGGCUAGAGCUUUAAACUUGCCUUCAAAUCAAAUUUUAAAGCUUCUAUUCAGCAUCAACGUUAGGGAGCGAGUGAAGCCGAGUCUGCCCAGUGGGUAUUACGGAAACGCGUUCGUAUUAGGGUGCGCGCAAACCAGCGUGAAAGACUUGACAGAGAAGGGGUUAGGGUACGCGGCAAUGCUGGUGAAGAGAGCGAAAGAGCGAGUGGAUGGGGAGUACGUUAAAUCGGUGGUGGAAUCAGUGAGUCAGGAGGGGGCGAGCCCGGACUCGGUAGGGGUAUUGGUACUGUCGCAAUGGUCAAGGCUGGGACUCGAGAAGGUUGAGCUGGGAGGGAUGGGGAAGCCAAUUCAUGUGGGACCCAUUUGCUGUGAUCGGUAUUGUCUGCUUUUGCCGGUUUUUAAUCAGACGGAUGCCGUGAAAGCGAUGGUGGCGGUCCCCACAACUGCCGCCCAGAGAUAUGAAGAUCUGCUCAGGAGUUUCAGCUCUUGAGGACCGCACUGGAUCUUGGCCCAUUCAUUGACUUUUUGUGUAACUAUUAACUUUUGACUUUUUUCAAAAAAAUUUCCUUGCCUUCUUUCAA